CUCCGGGCUGCGGGCAGCGGCAGGGUCCUCCGGGCGGACGGGCGGGCUGAGCGCGGCCUGCCCCGCACGGGUGUCCCGGAGCGUGGGCCUCGGGGAGCCGGUCUCCCGGCGCCGUCACGGCCGCGUCCGCCGGGCUGCAGUCCGGCCCGCAGCUUCUCUCCUAAAGAACGUCGUGUGGGUAAAUACCCAGUUCCACUCUUGGUUCAGUUCCCCAGCUCCAGGGUCACACCCUCAAACCGUGUAGCCUCCAGCUUCGGCGUGUGUCGCAGCUCUCAAGCUCGCUAGCCCCUCUGAGGUGGCCUGGGGUGGGGUCGGGAUACAGGUACGGGUGGCACUGCUGUCGUGUUCUAAGCCUGCCUCCUCUCUCUGGAGCCCAAGAGAGCUCUCCAGAUGAGGCUGGGGAAGUGGCGGGAUGCUUGAGCCUCUUUGUGCUGGAGGAGACGCAGAGCCGCGGCACCUCUCCCCUGCUGGGGGUGCAGGUCACGGACAGAGUUCUCUCCGGCGCUUGGGCCUGAAAGAGAAUUCCCAGGUGGGGAGAGGUGAUUCGGCUGCGCUAUCCUAGCUCUUCUCUGACGGCUCUCUUUCAUUGGAAGUCGCUAUCAGUCCCAAUGGCCAUCUCUGCUGAUGUCCCGGACGUCUUAGCCCCUCACACAGUGGCUGCACCCUGGUCAUGGGAUUCCCCAGGGCCUGAGUAGCAUGCCUGCGGUUUCCCAGGAAUGCUAGCUGGAGGCCAGCUUUGAGCUAAGGCAGUUUGUCCGUAGAGCUCAUGACCACCGUGCGGUGCUCUCUGCAGCAUGACUGACUUCACCUGAGGUCCAGUCCCGAUGAAAGAUAGAAAUAAGUGUCUUUUGCCCACCUAGGAUCUGAGAGAUGCCAAUGUCAUUGAAUCUUCAGGCGAUAAACCUUGCUCCUGUCCAGAGGUGGGACUCUUGUCCCUGUUGUAGAUGUAAUCUUGUAACGAUAUCUUAAUAAUGGCCCUAAUGACAACAACCCUCUUAUGGAAGAUACAGACGAGGGGUGGGGGAGGGCUGAUGUUUUUUCCACAAGCCUGACCACGUAACUCUAGCCUCUCCUGGAGAGAAGGUGAUGGAUUCCCUCCUUCCCUAGAAAGGUUUUGGGGGUGAUAGGGAGGGCCGAGCUGAGAAGGCCCAGACAGCGUUCUUGGCCAGAGGUGGCAGGGCGCUCCGGGAAGUAGCUGACCCAGAACAGGGUGGUGCCAUAGAAGCAGCACCAGGAGCUGCUGGGCAUGUCCAGUGCUGCCUCGGGUUGUGGGAGAUGACUGCUGAAAGGACACUGAACUCGUCAGGAAAGAAGAAGACCAUUGGUGUCCUUGGUCAGAGCCCUGGGAGCAGAAGCCAAAUGGCCUGGGGUGGGAGGAGGAGAGAGCAGCCAGCAGCUCCUGAACCUCCCUGAACCUGGUGGACGCUGUGAGGAGGCCACGAGGAAACAGGAGGAGCACACCUGCGUGCUCACGUCCCUCUGGAGCUGCAGUGGCGGCCGCAGGGCAGCCCAGAGGUGCAGUCCCCUGGAGCUCUGCUCUGUGUCUUACUCAGUUACCCUUUUGCCCUUCUUUUCCCAUUAUUCCCGAGGGUGGAGGUCUGUAAACCUCCCUGUGUCCUGUCUCUAGGCUGUGAGCAGCAGACAGUGACUGACUAACUUGCCAGCCCAAGGCCAUAAUACCUCUUUACCAAUGUGGACCUGAAACAGCUCCCAGUGCCUGCGUGCCACUCCUCCCCCAAUCUCAGAGCUACUCCGGGCAGCUCACAGGCCCCCACCCCCUAGAUUAAGCUCCCACUCUUUCCCCAGCACUGAGAAUCGCCUGUCUCUCUCAACAUCAGCUGUGUACUUAGAUGAUUUCUUGUUCUAGUGUCACAGCAGAAAGGAGGGCUAUGUUAGCCUCGCAUGUUUUGGAACCAGAAUCUGGUGUGUGUUUAUUUCCUUUUGUUCAUUUCACUCAGGUCUCUUUAAAUGAAAGAGUAUCGAUUUAAGUUUGCUUGCAUCCACAGAAGAUAAAGGAGCUAAGCAGAAACAGAAAGAUUGCUGAUUUUCCAGUAAAUGUUAAUUCAAAGCAAGGUAUAUCUGAUUUGAAAAUCUUCCUCUAAAAUUAAGGAAAAAAUUAUGAAAAUCAUGAAGAGGUACACGUUUUUAAAGCUGUAUUCGUGUAAACAGAUGCAGGCUUGUGUUCAGGUGGUAUAACAGUCAUUUUAAAUGAAAAAAAUCAGCAAAUAUCACCUCCAAAGCAAACCAAUAACCUAACCCCCUUUUUUAAGAAAAAUAAAGUUUAAAAUAUAAGCUUACUUUUAUAAUACUAGUCCUGGCUGAUCUAAGCAAAACAUCCUGUAAAAGUGUAAAAAGUUCACACCUGGAAAGGGAAACAAAAUCUUUGAUAGUGGUAAAGGGCAAGGGACAGACAUACCUGGGUCUGAACCUGAGCGCUGCCACGACUGACUUGGUGGCCUUGGGUUAUUGACUUUCAGUCUCUUUCUUCAUCUGCAAAAUUGAGUAAAUAACAGGGCUAAUAGCUGCCUCAUGAGGUUCGAAGGUGUGAUGGGACCACACCAGCCACUUGUGCGGCCCACCUGGCUGGGGUGCCAGGGGCCCUUGUAAACAGUGCCCCUCCUCUCCCAAGCCUGAACCAGGGAGGCAUGUGAAUGGCAAAAUGUGCCCUACUACUGAUCGGAGCAUUUGCUGGCGUGACGUGGGGCUGCUUAGGCUGAGUGCCAGUUACACACUUGCCUGCCUGCUUGCCGGGAGCCCUGGGAGCUGCACCCUCCCCUGGGGUGGGGCUGGGCUGGCUUGGGAGCAGAGCAGAGCAUGCACCCUGGUGGGAGAGGUCGGGCUGCAUGCCUUGUUAUGCUCCUGAAGAUUUGACUAACUCCUUCCACCUCUGGGGAAGAGAAAUGGGAUGAAUACAUUGGGAACAUCCUUCCUCAUGACACCAGAGCACAGGGAUGGGCGCUCCCUCCAGCGCCUGGCCUGUAGCAGGGACCCUGAGGACCUCUGACAGUAGCGCCGCUUCAAGGCCAGGCGCACCAGUGCGUCUGUGUGGGUGGUCACAAGAAUGCCAGGGUGCGUUAGAGAUGGGGAGAGUGUUGCAGAGGGAUGGGUGCACUGGGUCCUGCCUGUAUUUUUGAAAACUGCAUGUGUACAUAGUAAAUGUACAGUCGUUUUAGCAGAGGUCUGGGUGAGUGCGUGUGAACUAGACAGCUGGCAGUGGUCUUGCGUUGAAUUGCUGGGGAUUAUCAUUGUCUGUUUUGUUUACCUCUUGAAAUACUUCUACAAUGUGUAUUUUAUGUUUGUAAUUGCUGAGAACUAACAAGAUAGAAAAGUAAAGCAAAACAGGAUGUGAGACUGAGUAGCAUGGUCCUGACUUCAUACUAUAUUGGGGCAGAAAAAAGGCCAGAGGAGAAGUAAUGUCAGUGUAGUGAUCUGAGUGGUGGGGUUAAAGGUAAUUUAAUUUUUAUUUUUAAAGUUUUUCUCAACUAGCAUACUUUACCUUUAUACCCUGGGUGGGUGGGGGGGAAACUAGUUAAAAGUAAUUUUUGUAAGCAAGAGAAUGAUUUUAAACCAAGUUAAUGGGCCUCUAACUCAGAAAAGCAUUCUCAGCGCAUGCGACCAGGCAGUGGUCAUAAAUGCUGUGGCGCAGGGCACACCGGGAGGGCCACUGCUCCAGGAAGCCGGGCUGCGGGUCUCCGUGGAGAGAAAUGCCUCCCGUCUGCUGCUGUUCAGAUGCCCCUUCUUGCUGUCGGGGUUCCGCUGCUUUUUCAUCGCGGGGAGAACUGCAUCUGAAUAGUCAGGUGGACUAUUACCAUUUUUUAAGCAUGGGUUAAUUUUGCUGUAACAGAUUCGAAAAUGGUGUUUCCAACAAGAAACGUGGCUUCUCAUGUUCCAUCUCACAGGCACUUGGGCAGCUCCGCCCCUCAAGGUCUCUGGGAGCCUGCCAUGCUGUGUUGUCACCUGUCACUGUGGGCUGGGUGAGGGACUGGGACAUGCACACACUCCUUCCAUUCCUGGGUCCUUGGCUGGAAUCAGUCACACCUCACUUCAGGGCCCAUUAAGAAAUGUCAUUUGCAGGUGGCUGUGUGAACACUAAAAUUUCUGUAGGGAUUUCUGUCACUAAAAGGAAGCAGGAUGCUGGGCGGUCUUCAGUCUCUGCCGCAGUUUACCCCACUGGCCACCUGGUCCCACAUCAAGCCUCCCCAAAUGCUGUCCCCCACACCCAGCAAGAGAGCAGGGCGGUCACAUGGACGCAUGCACUCAGGAAGGGGGAGAACCCCAAACCCACAGCAGUUGCUGGUCCACAGCUGCCAUGGUUCCGGGUAGAACUUGCAAAGGUGGUCUGAACAAGUGGCCACUGAUUGAAGUGUUCCCAGGACCCAGUGGAAAUGAGGCCCUCCGUCGACUGAAAGAGAAGUACAGGGCCACUGACAGCUGUUCUGCUCGUAACCCUGAGCUGCCAGCAGCCCGGCUGCGGGUGAGUGGAAGAGUGGGCUGUGCAUGGUGGCACGUCCGGACAGACGGAGAAGCUGUGCGGGAGGGAGGGGCGCUCCCGGGCACGUCCUGGGGGUGGGCGCAGUGCAGGCCCGAGUGCUCUGGGAUGAACUAGACAGGGGCAAAGGUUCUGCGGCCUCAGGGAUGUUCUGAGUUGUGCACUUGAAAAUGAUGAGUUUUAUGGUGUGUGAAUUGUACCUUAAUAAAAAGUGGGCACACGAUUAAUAAAAAGCAGACACAAAAGAACAUGCUGUUAUGACUCCACUUCAAUGAGACUUAAAACAGAGAUGCUUAACCAUCAUAACAGAGAUGCUUAACCUUGGAGGGGAGCGUUUUGGGUGACAGAAAUGGUGGUGGUUAGAUAGGUGCAUGUGAGGCGUUUGUCAGAGGGGUUCAUGUGAUGUAGCUGUAGCAGAGGGGCAGGGGAAAGAUGUGGGAAGGAAGCCCGGCCUGGACGUAGAGCGUGUGUAGCCUGGUUACACCUGCUCCCUGGGCUGCGCCCUCUGCCCCACUCUGUCCUCGGAGGCACAUCCUUGUCUUUGGCAGCCACGUUGCAAAUGGGUUUUGGAUGGCAUCCCUUCGUGGGGCUGCACAGCAAUCAGUUUGCUUCCUGCUGGUGCAGAUUUCGGGUGGGAAGUGGACUCAGCUGGGGAGAGCCCUCAGGUGACAUGCCUGGAAGGCAGGCAGGAUUGGGCAGUGAGGUUAAAAUUGUGACCAAGGCACAUCCCAGUGGAUCUUGGGGGCUAGUAUGACCCUUCUGAGUUGCCCCAGGUGGAGGCAAGGGCACUGGCUGGGGUGUGGUAGGCUGUGUUCUCAGGUGGCCCUCUGAGAUUCCUGGCCCCUCAUGUCCAGCACCUCCCAGCCACCAGGUUGGGAUUUCAGGGAUGUAGUGAAGGUCCCGGUCAGUUGCCAAAAGGAGCCCUGGGAAGACGAGGUUUUCGGCAACUGGUGGCAGAGAAGUCACGGCGGGGGGGGGGGGGGGAUUCUCUGAGCUGUUCUGCCAGGAAGACAGGUUUUCCCAGGGAGCCACAGCACGUAGCUGAGACAGUUCUACAAGUGCAGGGAACCAGAUUCUGCUGAUGGUCUGAGUUUGGAAGUGCUUCCAGAUGAGACCUCAGCCUGGCUGACACGCUGUGUAACUCAGAAGGGUCCCAGUCCUGCCAAGCUGGACCUAUGACCUGCAGCACAGAGGUGGCAGAUAGACACUGUUUCUGCCGUGAAUUCUGUAUCACUCCAUAGUGACGGGCAGCUUCCAGUGGGAGGCCUUUCCUGGGAGGGGCCAUGGCUUUGGCAGGUUCCUGCCUGAAGGCGGUUCUCAGUGGAGAAUUCCAGAGCUGGAGGGCAGCAUUGCUCUGAAGAGGGGAACUGGGUGCCACGUCCUGGUGACCAUGUAAGGUUAAGUAACCAGGCUUUUCCAAAGCAAACAUGCCCAUGUGCAGAUCCCAGAACCCCCAGGCCUCCCUGCACCCUUGCCAAUCGUGAGCUCCCUGGAGACCAUCCCUGCCUCAACUUCCCUACCAUGGACUGGUUUUGUCUGUUUUUGACCUUUGAGUAAGUGGAAUCACACAAUAUGAACUCUCAAUCGAUGUUACAUCUGCGAGGUUCGCCUGCGCUUUUCUGCGGGCGCUCUUUUUCACCGCUGUUUGUUUCUCCCUUGUCGGAGGACUCCUCAGGCCACCCUUUUCUCUGCAGAUGGGUAUUUUGGUGGUCGUCAGUGGUGCUGCCGUGAACCUUCCAACUCCAGACUUCUGCAGAGCAGGUCUGGGGUCACUGAGUAGAUAACGGGUGGGUGUAGUGCCCAAGGGGACGUGUCUCCCUUAGACUGCAACAAGGACACCGACCCAUGUAAUGCGGGAGGGAGCGGCGUGGGCACCAACAGGUGGCUGGUAAACGUAGUGGGAAAAAUGGACGUUCUCACCUCAUUGCUUUUGUUUUCUCCCUGAAGUGAGACACAAGGUCAUCAGCCGAGAGGGAGGGCAAGUGUUGGACGUUUGUGAGGAGAGAACCAGGAGGCGGCCCUAUGGGAGACUCACCCAGGUGUAGACAUUGCGGGCAACUCUCAGGGCCCUGUUAGGCAAGUGCUUGUAAACAUGGAGAGAAUGCAGCCAGCAAGGAUGCAGACCAGGUCAGGAAGCAGGCUGAGUUUUGGCCGAGGUGCGGUUUUCUCGUGCAUGUGGUAGAGGAGCUGGGGCUCACGUGCAGGAGAACGACUGAUACGUAGCCUGCAGUGAGUGUGACACCAUAGACCGACCAUGCUGCGAGGAGGGAUGGAGGACCUGAAGGCAGGAAGGGCAGUGGACAGGUGAUGAGAGCGAUAAACUUGUGUUUCUUUGGAAAUAGGUCUGGAUUUUUGAAUGGAGUCCAAGCCACUUCCUUCCCCUCUGCUCCCUGGCCAGUCGGGCCCCUGAGGUCAGAGGUGGAGCCCAGGGAAACCGCCCCAAGGGUUCUGACAGGUGACUCGAAGGCAACCCCAGACUCUGAAUUUCUGAGCAUGGAAAUCUGCAGACGGCAACGUCAGAAGCCCUCACGGUGAUGGAGCUUGCUGCCCCUGCAUCUGGGGGGGCCCCCGAACUCAGGUUGAGGGGGCUGUUGGGAAACCUGGAAGGGCAGAGCCUGCGGAGCUGUGCCUCCCAGGAGGCAGGUUUCAAGCAAGUGACGGUCACCCACUGGAAGAUCCAAGCAGGAGAAGCAGCCCUGGUGGGUGGUAGGUCAGGGGGGAGCCCGGUCCUGAGCUCCAACCUCCUCAUACUUCAGAGAGAGCUUAUAGAAGGGGAGGCCCACCCGCACAGGUGCGACACACACGGGGAGGGGUUUGGCCAGAGCGCCCGCCUUGCCGAGCACCGGCGAGCUCACACUGGAGGGAGGCUCUACGUGUGCGACGUGUGUGGGGAGGACUUCGUCCACCUCGCGGGCCUUGGGGAGCACCAGAAAACGCACGCGGGAGAAAAGGCGUUCAGGUGCACCCAGUGUGGGAAGGGUUUCUGUCACAGCGCAGACCUGGUCCGGCACCAGCGGGUUCACACCCGCGAGAGGCCUUUUGAAUGCAAAGAGUGCGGGAAGGGCUUCAGCCAGAGCUCGCUGCUCAUUCGACAUCAGAGGAUUCACACAGGCGAGCGGCCCUACGAGUGCAACGAGUGUGGGAAGGCCUUCAUCCGCAGCUCCAGCCUGGUCCGGCACUACCAGACCCACACGGAGGUGCGGCAGUACGAGUGCCAGGAGUGCGGGAAGGCUUUCCGCCACCGCUCGGACCUCGUGGAGCACCAGCGCAUUCACACCGGGGAGCGGCCCUUCGAGUGCAGCGAGUGCGGGAAGGCCUUCAUCCGCAGCUCCAAGCUCGUUCAGCACCAGCGCACCCACACUGGGGAGCGGCCGUACGUCUGCAGCCAGUGCGGGAAGCGCUUCAGCCAGACGUCCAACUUCACCCAGCACCAGCGCAUCCACACUGGCCAGAAGCUCUUCCAGUGCAGUGAGUGCGGGAAGGCCUUCUUUCUGAGCUCGUACCUCAUCCGACACCAGAAAGUCCACACCGGGGAGCGCGUGUACGAGUGCAAGGAGUGUGGGAAGGCUUUCCUCCAGAAGGCGCACCUCACAGAGCACCAGAAGAUCCACGCGGGGCACAGGCCCUUCGAGUGCAAGGACUGCGGGAAGGCGUUCAUUCAGAGCUCCAAGCUCCUGCUGCAUCAGAUCGUCCACACUGGAGAAAAGCCCUACGUGUGCAGUUAUUGUGGGAAAGGCUUUAUUCAGAGGUCAAACUUCCUUCAGCACCAGAAGAUUCACACUGAAGAGAAACUCUACGAAUGCAGCCAGUAUGGGAAAGAGUUCAGCUCAGCUCCAAACUUUAAAAGUAACCAAGAUGUUCACCAGGAGGGACUUCCCUUGAGUAAGACCCCUGUACAUUUGGGUAAGAAGUAUGUAGGUCAGGGGGAGCACACGGACUCGUAAGUGACGACCCUCCACCUUGCCGAUUGGGGUCUGGAAGCGCAUGGCAAAGAGGCCUGGUUCACGCAAGUUUGGAUGUGUCUGCGUCUCCCUACGUCACGGGCGGGGCUGCCUCCGCAGUGGACCCCUGCCAGCCACUGUGGCAGUGCUGGCCCCCAUCCUCCUCUGUGGGAACAUGUGCCCUCCAGGGAGCCAUGCGACUGGACAAUUGGCUGAGCUGGCACAGUGCCGGGGCAGGAGCUGGGCCGGGAGAGAAGGUUCUUGUAUCUUACUGCUCCGUUACAACCGCCCCUGAGCUCAGUCCUGUUCCAGUCAAGUUCAGAAGUGUGUAUCUCACCUUAUUAGUUUAAAAGAAGAUUGUUUAGCAAAUUUUGGUCUAUCAGAAAGGCAAGUUGGAGAAAGGUACUUCCUUGUCCAAGUCUGCGGAUUGGUUCCCUGUUGUCCUCGGGAUAAACUCCAAACUCCCUGCACUUCCUGGAGCCCCAUCUGCCACCGGUGAACUCGCGGCUGUUAACUGCCAGACGUCCCCACUCAGCCAAGCCGCUCCAGCCUCCUUUGUCUUCGCUUGGAUGUCGCUCUCUGCUCACCUGGCUCCCCGGACGCGUCAGGACCCGCCUCAGGCCCCUUGCUGGGCUCAGCCGGCUCCCCCGCCUCUGCUUCUGUUGCUUGUUGUUCAUUCACCUGUUAGUGCACUUCCUUUGAUAUGUCAACAUUGUGUUUCUGUACCAUCUCUUCCAUUAUUACACUGUUAAUUCCUGGAGAACAGUGAGCAUAUCUGACGGAUUUAUGUGUCGCUGGAGUCUAGGGUGAGGUAUAGAAGGAGCGCGCCCGAGCUGUGUGCUGGGCUUUGUCCUCUCUGUAGUACUGAUUUAAAAAACCUGUUUGGAUGUUCUUUUUGUUGUUCUGUUUUGUAACACUAUAGCCUUCUGGUCUACUGGAAACGACUUCCCUCUCAGCCCCGUUGGCUUUUGCUUGCACUUCAUUCAGUGAGGCCAGUGUUAAGACUAGCGCCCCUUGUGUUUUUUGCUAUCAGAGCUUAUUCAAGACUGUCCACUUUUGAGGGGACCCUUGUCUUCACUUAGUUGUGUGUGCAUCUUCCUAAUUCAUUCCAAGGGCUCACAGUCCUGGUGCACUGCAUGACUUUUUCCUGUCUCAGCAGUUCCAUGACUGACUCCAGUUCUUUUCCCUUUCCCUGCUCUCUGGAUCGCUUUGGCAUUGAUUUGUAAAUGUAUUGCUCUACAAGGACCAGCCCUAAAACUGGGGAACAGUUAAGACUGCCCACCUCGAGUCAUCCAGAGCCUGAUGGGGAACUGCACGCUGAGUGGAAGUACACAUGCGUCCCUGUCGUGUAGGAGCGUAGGUAAGGAGCUGACUUACUCGGCGUGGGGGUCUGGGACAGCUUUGCAGAAGAGGUGACACUUGAACUGGCCUCCAGAGAGAAGCAAACAUGUCAGCUAGAGAGGCGAGUGAUCCUGGAGCGGGAACCUGCGGAAUGGGAGAUGUGGCGGGUCCCUUUCUAGGAGGGGCUGUCAGAAGCAGGCAAGUUCUGUUACCCAGCGGCAAACUGUCUAGCAGAACUAUUAAGUUGUUGCCUCUGAAUUUCUUUUAUCUAAACAUUUAACAAAACAGCCAGUUUUGAAAUGAUUUAAAGCAAUGUUUUGCCCAUGAGGGUGUAUUUUCAGUCUUAAAUUCCCACAAUGCCAGAAGCCUUAAGGGGGUAAAUAAUUCAAAAAGAGCAUACAGUACUCCAUCCUUUGGGAAACUCACCAUUACUAGAGAUGUUUCAGGUGGUAUAGAAGCAGAUUUUAUCAGACCAUUUUAACCAACUUUGGUUGAGGUCCAGUUUCCAUACAGUAGAACACCUAUUUUUAAGUGUACGGAAUUUUGACAUAUCCAUGUACUUGUGUAACCACCAUCACAAUCAAGAAAAAUAACAGUUCUCUCACCCAGAAAUGGUCCCUUUUGCCUUUUCCUGGUUAAUCCCACGCUAGCCCCAAGUAACCACUUUCUGUCUGCGUGGAUUAGUUUUGCCUGUUCUGGGGUUCACGUAAAUCGAUGCACAUGGUAUGUAAUCCUGUGUGUCUGACGUCUUUCACUUUGGCACGUUUUGAAGACUCAGCUGAGUACUUCUGCUUCAGUAGCUCUUUCUCUUUGUGAGUAGUGUUCCAUUGUAGGGGUAAACAGUGCUUAUUAUUCACCUGUUGGUGCAAAUUUGGGUUUCCAGUUUUGGCUGUUAUGAAUAAAACUGCAAUGAGCA